GGAGAUCACCUCGAGAAGAUGGUGUUCACGGUCACGGACAUAGGUCCAGAAGAUGUGAUUGUCGGUUUGGAUUGGCUACACGACCACAAUCCCGAGAUUGAUUGGGAUAAGGUACUGCUGGACUUUGAACCUGAAGAAGAUCCGGUAGAAGUCGAGUGGGACGAAGCUGAUUUGAUCGAAGCCUGGGAGCAGGGUGUCACGCUUCCUGGUGCCCCUCAGCUGUUUGUUGCAGCAGGACAUAUGUACUCUCAACUGUUUGCUGAGGAAGAGAUCAAAAAGAAGGUCGUUAAGACUGCCGAGGAAUUAGUGCCGGAGCAGUACCACGAGUUUCUGAAGGUCUUCUCGAAGGAAGCAUCAGAACGGCUACCCAAAAGGUGA